AUGGGUUUUUGGAACGGAGUUUGGGAGGUUACCAAAACCGUUACUAAAGCAGCAACAGUAGGUGCUGCGGCAGCAGUUAUUACGACGGCAACCGGUCCCUUUGCAGUUCCUAUUGGUGCUGUUCUUUGGUCGGCUGGAAAAGCAGUAGAAGAAGUUUCGCAAGAAUACGAAAAUAAAAAUUGGGAAAGAGUUGGCAAGUUCUCCCAAGACUUAGGCGCUGAUAGUUUUAGUGGCGGUUCUUGGGAAGUAUUCACUAAUAGUGCCAUGGUUGGUAAAAAUGUAGCCAAGGUGGCUGGGUUUGUAAAAGAAGGAAACGAUCUUUUCGAAGAGAUGACUUGUAUACCUCCCG